AUGUCUGCCCUCACCGCUACCGAAUUACCUGCAUUCGGUGCACCUGUGAUCGAACAUCUUUAUAAAGAUGGUGAAACCAUUGCUUGCCGUCGUCAGUUUACCAUUCCUUUCAAGCUUGAGUCAAAAGAUGAGUAUUUAGUUUGGCUUCAUUGGGUGUUGAUCGAAGUCCAGAGAGUCUUCGGAAGAAAGGAGUAUCAAUACCUCCUCACUUACCUCAGAACUGGAAAAGAGGCUGCUGAUGAAUGGUUGACUACAGAGAAACUCGACCCAACCACUGCUGAAACAGUCAUCCUCCAUUGCGAAUCCAUUGCUGAAGCUGUGAUUCGGUCUGGAGUCAAUCCCGCUGUUUGGGACGACCCUUGUUAUCUGUUGGAAGGUUGGAGAGAGUCUCAUUGGACCAAGUUCCAGUUCAGUGCUGGUAACCUUGUUACAUUCUUGACCAAAUGGGGGAACCAGUUCAGGAUUGAUGAAGCCAAAGGGAUUCUGAACGGUCACAAGACAUGGGUUUACCUUGAGGCCAAUUCUUUCACCACUUAUGAAGUGUACUUCAUGGGAUUCUUUGGAACCCACGAAGGGAACCACAAGGGUGCUGUGAAAGUUUAUUUCAGUCGUUUGGGUGUUUCCUCAAUCAAUCUUGCUGACCGAGUUACUGAGAACUUUCCAGAAGACUCAUAUAUCUUUGAGGCUUCGCAAGCAAGACCUAGGAAGUACUGA